AUGGAGCAAUGGGCCAUCAAGACCGUCCGCGUGGUCGCGGCGGCCGUGUGCGUCAAGCUGUAUGUGGGCGACGUGCUUUUGGGAAUGGGUCCAUCGAUGCAACCAACCGUGCCUGAUGGUGUGAUCAUCCUUGUGGACAAGCUCUCGUUGCGGUGGAAGCCUCCCACCGUAGGCGACGUCGUCGUGAUCUCAUCCCCAGUGCGAGCGCAAGGAUCCAUGUGCAAGCGCAUCAUUGCCAUGGAAGGGCAGUUCGUGAAGCGAAGACCUCGCUUUGAAGCUGACGCCGAAGAGAUCGUCGAGGUAGCCAUCGUACUGCCCACCUUCGCGUGA